AUGUGGCCUAUUCCAUGGGAGCUUGAAGUGCUGCGCUUGCCCCAACAUCCCAACAUGCAUGAACUUUAUAAAAAGAAUUCCGAUCUCAUCCUUCCGCCGGCGACCAAAUACUUCCUAUACUCAUCAAGGCACUGGCCCGUGCCCGCACCUGCCUCCGAUAAUGAGCAAGAAGACCCUUGCGCGAUCCUAUGUCAAUGUGCUCGAGGAUUUUCAUGCCGGGAAGGCCAUGACAAUGAUACCGUACCUAAUAAUGAAAUCAUUUUCGACAUCGCCGAAUUCGCGCUUGACAAUACAUCCAGCUACAGAAUCAUCAGCGAUGCUGAAUCGUGGAGCCAAUCUCCUGAGAACGAAAGACCCCUAGACGUGGACGAUCCUGGCGGCACGGGCUGGCUUGCCGUUGUGGUCAAACUGGGAACCCCAUCAGGCUUGAGAGCUGCGCCGCCUGUCGUUAUCCGCGCUGCGCUUACUGCCCAGUUUCAAAAGUUAGAAUUUGAGCGCAACAAGCAUUCACGGGAUCACAUGCCUCUCCAAGGCCUAGGUGUUGGCUUAUGUACUGAUGAUAACAAAUCUCACAGUAGUACGAGUACAUAUACUCAGGUAACUGACCUUACACAUGUAAUGCGCAAACAGAUUGGAAACAAAAUGCAAGAGGAUGAAGCAGGGUGGAAUUGA